UUCAACCAGGCAAAGACCAUUACCUGUCUCUCUCUUUCUCCCUUUCUCUCUCUAAAGUUUGCAGCUUUACUCUUCGUCAAAACCCUAAUUAUUGGUGUCUACUGAUCGAUCAAUUGGAGCUGCUGCCUCUAACGUGAUAGCACAUAGCUAUUUGUGGAAAUGGCGGAAUUUUCGAGCUUUUUGGCGGGGACUGUUGGCAUUAUUGUGGAUACCUGAAAUCUGUAUCUGUCUUGUUUUGCAUAGCUCUGACAUCUUGUACAAGCAAGCUUGCAUCAUUUGGUUGAGAGAUACUAUCACACAAAUUUGGGGACUUCAAGUUAUAUAAUGGCUCACGUUGUGGCAAAUCAGUUUAAUAAAGGAGCUUAUCCAGCUUCUCCACAUGAUCCUUUGUACAAGGAACUCUGGCAUGCUUGUGCUGGACCACUUGUGACACUUCCAAGGGAAGGAGAAAGGGUUUAUUAUUUUCCACAAGGUCAUAUGGAACAGCUUGAAGCAUCCACCCAUCAGGGAUUGGAUCAGCAACUUCCUUCAUUUAACUUACCAGCUAAGAUUCUGUGCAAAGUUAUGAAUGUUUUUCUUCGGGCUGAACCUGAGACAGAUGAGGUGUAUGCUCAAGUAACUCUGCUUCCUGAACCAGAGCAAAGUGAGGUCACAAGCCCUGAUCCUCCUCUCCCUGAACCAGAACAAUGUAAUGUCCAUUCAUUUUGCAAGACACUCACUGCAUCUGAUACAAGCACCCAUGGUGGAUUCUCUGUUCUUCGGCGGCAUGCAGAUGAGUGUUUGCCCCCACUGGAUAUGUCACAACAGCCACCGUGGCAGGAAUUGGUUUCUACGGAUCUUCAUGGCAAUGAAUGGCAUUUUCGCCACAUUUUCCGAGGUCAACCUAGGCGCCACUUGCUCACAACAGGGUGGAGUGUUUUUGUUAGUGCGAAGAAAUUGGUUGCUGGAGAUGCUUUCAUCUUCCUCAGGGGGGAAAAUGGGGAGCUUCGAGUUGGAGUCAGAAGGCUAAUGAGACAGCUGAACAAUAUGCCAUCUUCUGUUAUAUCAAGUCACAGUAUGCAUCUGGGAGUUCUUGCUACUGCAUCGCAUGCCAUCAAUACUGGGACUCUUUUCUCUGUUUUUUACAGGCCAAGGACAAGUCGGUCUGAGUUCCUUGUGAGUGUGAAUAAAUAUUUUGAAGCUCAAAAUCACAAGCUCUCAGUUGGCAUGAGGUUUAAAAUGAGGUUUGAGGGUGAGGAAGUUCCAGAAAGAAGAUUCAGUGGGACCAUUGUUGGUGUUGAAGAUAAUCCAUCAUCUAGAUGGCCUGAUUCUAAAUGGAGAUCUCUUAAGGUUCAAUGGGAUGAACCAUCUUCAAUCGUGCGUCCUGAUAGGGUUUCACCAUGGGAGAUAGAAGCACUUGUCACUUCAACACCUCAAAUACUCCAGCCUCCACAAAGGAACAAGCGUGCACGCCCAGCAAAUUUACCUCCAUCGAUAUCUGAAUUUUCUGCGCUAGGCACAUGGAAAUCACCUGUUGAUUCUCCCUCAUCGUUCCCAUACUGUGAUACAUCCCGUGGGACAGAUCUCUUCCCAUCACCUAAACUCUCUUCUGGUUCAAAGGUUAACAACCUGGCUUACAGCGAGAAUGGCUCCUUGCCUCCUGUUUCCAGUAGAUCAAUGUGUUGUUCUAAUCAACCUGAAACAGACUCUACUGCACCUGUUAGUGAAAAGAAACAAGCUAAUGGCUACAGGCUGUUUGGAAUUCAGUUGAUGGACCAUUCGACUGUUAGAGAUACUUCUCUUACUGCACCUCAACCUAUGGUAGAAGAUUGUCCGGUUCUAUGUUUAGAUUCUGAAUCUGACCAGCACUCUGAACCAUCAAACCCCACUAGAUCUGAAGUUCCUGAAGUAAGCUUUGAGCACGAAAAAUCGUCACUGAGAUCUCCCAAUGAGUCACACAGCAAGCAAAUUAGGAGCUGCACCAAGGUUCACAUGCAAGGGAAGGCAGUUGGGAGGGCAGUAGAUCUUACACGGUUUGAGGGGUAUGAAGAUCUGCUCAGGAAAUUUGAAGAGAUGUUUGAGAUUAAAGGCGAACUGUGUGGAUCAAUCAAGAAAUGGCAAGUUGUCUACACAGACGAUGAGGAUGAUGUGAUGAUGGUUGGAGAUGAUCCUUGGCAUGAAUUCUGCAACAUGGUCAGAAAGAUCAAUAUCUACACAAUCGAAGAAGCAAAGAUGCUCUCUCCCAAGAUAAAGCUUCCCGUCAAUGAAGUUAAGUCGAGCAAACCAGUAUCAGAUUCUUCUGUUGGCACCGAGGAACUGGUGUAAGACGUGGGGCCAGUUACCUAUGUAGUACCCAUAAUGGCCAGGGGAGAAAA